GGUACGCUGGGUCAGCUGACUAGGCAAAUACGGGAGCAACACAUGACAGAAUAUCGUCACGUAUUUUCUAAAUCAUGACCAAACUGUCCGUUCCAGCACUUACAAUCGGCGUAUUUUUCUACAUAUUUAUACUUGAGGUCAGCUGCCAGACAUGUGACCCCGGUCGAUGUGAAAAAGAUCAAUAUUGCUGUGGUGAUAAUGAAUGUUGUUACAACUGUACAGUUACACCAUGUGACAGUUCGGAGUAUUGCUGCGGGAACAAUCAAUGCUGCAGUAAAGAAUGGCAAGACAAAACAUGGCCUUGGAUCAUAAUAGUCAUUGGGGCUAUUAUACUUUUCUUUGUGUUGGCUGCAAUUAUAUACUACUGUUCUGUACGACGAAAACGUAGCCGUGGUUAUCAACAAAUUUAUCAAACAGAUCCAAAAUCUGGUGCUGGUGCUGAUGAUGAGCCCAGUGAACAAACACCACUACUAGCUGGAGGUGGAGCUUCCCCAGAAAUCACUACCAGUGAUCAAAAACCGGUAUCUACAUCAGGCAAUGAGGAAACACCACAAGAUGAAGAUGAACCAACACCUGAUGUGCUGGUCAGCAUUGUGGAUGAAAAGGCACAGUAUGAAGCGUCAUCAGAAUCUACACCUGCUGGGGAUCAGGAAAAAAACACUGGCAAGGUCGUUGAUACUAAAGCUGAUGUUGACCCACUAGAGGAUGAAAAGAGCAAAGAUGAAGACAUUUUACAGAUGGAUGAUGUUCCAAUGGUGAAUGAACCAGCAACAUCUGAAGUUGAGACACCUGACCAACAGAGUGAUUUGCUAAGAAGUGAAGGAGAAGGUGGUGAGGCAGCCAGUCAAGAACAUCCAGAGACAUUAGUGGAGCCAAAAGAACCACAGCCCGAAGAGAAACAAACUGGUUUGGAAGGCCAUUUUGAAGAAAAGCAGACUUCACCAGAAACUGAAGCUGAAGAACACGAUGUCGAGCCAGAUGCCCAAGAAAAAGAGCAAUUGCCAGAGGAUGUUCGUGACCAACCAGAACGAAAGGACGAAUCACCAUAAACCUCGCUGGGUGUAGGUGAAACUUGAUAACAUUAGUAGCAAUGCAAAAUGAAUGAAUGAUUGUUGUUGGCAUAUCAUCUAUGUGAUUAACAUUAUUAUGCAGACAACUAGACUACCGUUGUACAUUUUGUGCCUAAAACAUGUAUCGAUAUAUUAGGUAGGUACUGCAGUGAGUUAUAAAUGUUUUUAGAAAAUACAAGAUGAGCAGUUACUAGAUGAAAAAAGCAACUCGAUGUAUUACCAGGAGAUGUUGCAAACUCGUAUUUACUGGCACAAUUUGAUGAGAUACCCGAAUGUUCCUAUUUACACAAACAAGAAAGAAAUUAAGAGCAUUUUUUAUUGUACAUGUUCAUACAAGCAAAGCGUCCCAGAAGAAAACAACUUUUACAUGUUACAAUUCCCGUUUGAUAGUUAAAGGGGAACUGCUCAAUUCCAUGGAUUGCACCAAAGAAUCAUGGGACACUAUUGUUUAUGUUGUUUACAAUGUUAAUCUAUCUUUUGUUAUCCAUUGUUAUUUUAAUCCAGAAAGUAAAUUUGUUGAGAUUAGGCUUAACUGGAGGGUUAAGUUUGAAAUUUAUUUAGAUGAAUGGUGGUUUCUUGGGAUUUGAAAGCACUAUGCAACUAUGAUCUCUAGUAUAUACAAUUUCCUCUGUGCCGUUGCCCUCUCAUCACUGUUGAUGUGCUACCACAUUGUAGCAAAAGGCGUAUAUAUCGUAACUGAAUAGAUAUCUUGGUUUUGUGUAUUUAUAUAGAAUUUGCAAUCAGUAGUGUAUGCUGAACAUGUGAAUUGCAUCAAAUGCAUUACAUUUAACCAAUCAAAGUGAUUUAUUUAAAAUUUGGGUGCUUAUCUAUGAAAAUUAUAGCUGUAGCGAAAUUUGCACCACAGAAUUCAAUUAUGCAGAGCACCGUGGAACAUAAUUCUUCAUCCUGGCAGUAUUUUAAGUAUUUAACUAUGCAAUAUUUUUAUAUUAUCUUAUAACUGAAAUAAAGGAAUGUUUUCA